GACGAUACUUCACCUUUCUCAUUCCUCAGACUCCAACCCACUUUGAUUCUGAAAGAUUUGACUGUUGUUUCCGGUCAGUCAGCUUGCCGAAGCAGUCAGAUUUCCGUCAUACUACUCAGAAUAAAAAUGGCAUCAGGAGAUGAGCUUCCAUCCCAUCUCACUGUCGAUACCUCCAACGUUCAAAUUCUUAACUCUGAGACCUCAAAAAGACUCGUCGAAAAUUUUGUAAUCGCUCUCAUGAACAAGGAGCGUUUCUACAUCCGCACAUUCUUUUCGACAUACAAAGCAUAUACCACUGCUGAAAGUGUGUUGUACAUCCUCCUGGACAAAUAUGGAAGCUUUGGCACCUCAGAGGCAGAAGAGAUUCCAGUAAUCGAUUCAGUGAGCACAAACAGCGGAAACAAUGAUAACAUUCCGAGCUGUGAGGAGCUUGAAAAUCCAGUGCCUACAGAGACAGUUACAGAGAUCAGAAAGUCCAAAACCUUUGAUGGCCCAAACUCUGAGAAAGAUGAAGAACCAAGUUCACCAAAAGCGACUGCAGAAAUCUCAAAUUCUGGAAAUGUUGACAGUGCAAAUGGUGAGGAAAAUGGAAGUUGUGGUUCUUCAGGAUCCAGUGAAAUAAUUGCUGAAUAUGGAAGCUUUGACACCUCAGAGGCAGAAGAGAUUCCAGUAAUCGAUUCAGUGAGCACAAACAGUGGGAACAAUGCUAACAUUCCGAGCUGUGAGGAGCUUGAAAAUCCAAUUCCUCCAGAGACAGUUGCAGAGAUCAGAAAGUCCAAAACCUUUGACAGCCCAAACUCUGAUAAAGUUGGAGAACCAAGUUCACCGAAAGCGACUGCAGAAAUUUCAAAUUCUGGAAAUGUUGACAGUGCAAAUGGUGAGGAAAAUGGAAGUUGUGGUUCUUCAGGAUCCAGCGAAAUAAUUGCUAAAAGCAUAGACUUCAACAGAUCAAACUUUCUAGAAGAAUAUAAUUUCAGUCCUGCAGAAAAGGAAACACUAAUGAAAAUUGCUAUACCUGAAAUUCUCGAAAUCUGGCUGGAGGAGUCUGCCGAAGACUUUCGUCAAGUUCCAACUUACUCUUGUCUCCGGAAGGUACUUUCCUACUUGAACCAGACAGUGCCGGGGUCAGAUGCUGAACAUCGGGCCCAGAAACUCCUGAGUCGGUUUUUGGCGGAGGAAACAGCAGAGAAAGAGAUGUUCAAAGGCUACCGUAGAAGAGUUAGAUUCUAUAUUGGAGAAGAACACGACCAAACCAUCGAACAAGUUGAUGAAAAGCUCCUGUCCUACCCAUCACGCUUCAUUGCAGAGCAGCUAACUUUUAUGGAUGCUGUCCAGGGGGCUGAAGCAUUAAACAGCAGGAGUUUUAUUUUGUAGUUUACUGUCGAGGCAGCAGGGUUAGCCUAAGCUAUUCCUUGCCGAAAAUGAUCGAUGACAUCAUUGUG